CUUUGGCGACAUUUGGCAGUUGAUUCUUCCAAGAUUGGACUUCCAUUAGAGAAAAUCCACAGGGACAAUCUCGUAACAUGGUAUCUCGUCCUAGACCCCACAAUACUACACUAGUUCACGUUUCCCACCCAGCAAUGACGACGCACUUGCGAGCCAGCCUUAGAAGCGCCUGUGGAAUUUGUAUGGUUUGGAAUCGAAUUAGUCAUAGAAAAAGUAGAAGAAUCCGGACAGGAUUACACGGAUUCCAAACCCAACAGUGUACAACCACGCAUAAAUGAGCAGGAAUCCGCCAGGGCUCACAUUUAAACCGUUCUUUGUCAACCCCAAUUCAGCGUUUCUUUACCUGGAUGCGCAUUUGCUGGAUUUCGGGUUUCUGGGCUCCUCUUUUCGAGUAAACUACAACUUGGGUUCUUUGAUUCUUGGGGUUUCAGUCUUGAUUGACGCCUCUGUUUGCAGAGAAUGAUGGCUUCUUCUUCUGCAGCUGCUGCUGCACAAAGGGAGCUUGAGGAGAAGCUCACUCAGUCUGGAACUAAGCUCUCCUCACCUCCUUCAUCCACUCGCGAGCUUCUAAGCCUCCUUGAAAAUGUUGAAUCUGGACUGAAGAGCAUAGGGCAAGACCCUUCAGUGUCAAUGAUAAAUGUACUUGACCCAAUAAGAAAAGCGCUGAUUGGAACGAAGCUUCUGGGACAUUCUGAUGAAAUCAUUGAAGUUUCUGUUGUAUCUUGUAUAUGUGAAAUUAUGAGAAUAUCUGCACCCAUUCUACCCUAUGAUAAUGCAGAAAUGAAGGUAAUUUUCCAUCAUAUUAUAGCAUCACUCGAAAAGUUACCUGACAUUCUUAGUGACUGCUAUCGUAAGGCUGUGAGAGUUCUUGAAGCCAUUGCGAAGAUCAGGCUGUGUGUGAUGCUAUUGGAUCUUGAUUAUAUGUUAGCUGUUAACGUUUUCCAGCUGUUUCUAAAGACCAUCAGGCCAUAUCAUCCCCAUGCUGUGUCAAAAUACAUGGAAGACAUCAUGACUCAACUUAUAGAAGAAAGUGAUGAAGUCUCAAUAGAUUUUCAAGUGUCCAUUCUUGAGAGCCUCAGAAAGAAAACUCUGGAUACUGCACCUCUUUCAUCACUCUUGGGACAUCAUGUCUUGGAAAAGUGUGCUGCCAGACUGAAGCCUUGUCUUCUAGAAUUAAUAAAAACUAUGAACUUGAAUUUUGAUGAUUAUACCGAUGCACUUGGCUCAGUAUGCCGUGAAGUUCCUGAGGGAGAAAACACGGUGGAAAAUGCUGGUUCUGUACCACCAGUAGAAGAAACAUCUGCUCUUCAACUUCCUCAGGUACCACAACUGGAUGGCACUCCAACAAUAAUGAAUAACAACAAUAACCUGGAACCUGAUGGGUCGUUGAAGACAUUAAAGCAUUGCAAUCAGGCUGAAGAGCUAAAAGAUACUGAUGCACCAUCUGAUCCAUUGCAUAAAAAUACAAAAGAUUUGCAACAACAAAUGAACGUGAGUGGACUGUCAGAGAAGAUAAGACCCGAUACAGGACAUGAUUGUUUUGAUAUGAAUGAAAUCAAAAGCUGCGUUGAAGAACCUACUAACAAGAAGGAAGAUGAGAAGAAAUCUGGUGGCUCAUCUGAUAAUCCAGCUCCAAAGGAGUCAUCUUCGCCAUCUGAAACUGGAAAGCAGUCUAUGCCUGACAUGUUAGCCCCCAACAGUGAAAACACCCAUGUCAACUCUGGAAGUUCUAGGAAAAGGGGUCGACCAAAGAAGAAUCAGACAGAAAUCACUGUGAAUAAGAGAUCUGAAGGGAACUCUGGAAGUUCUCGCAAAAGGGGUCGACCAAAGAAGAAUCAAACAGAACUCACUGUGAGAAAGAGAUCUGAAGGGACAAGCUCUCCCCGUUUGACUGUAAGUAUAAAGAAGGAAAAAGAAACAGUGAGUGAUGCAGAGAAUACAUCUCUUCAACAAAAUGAUCUCCAAAAUAUAAGCAGAAGAACUAAAAGCUCUAGGAAGCAAGCUUUAAACAAAGAAAAGGAUUCUAAAAGGGUUCAUUUUAUCAAGGAUUAUGGAGAAGAGUUGAUAGGUGCUAAAGUCAGAGUUUGGUGGCCCCUGGACAGAAAGUUUUAUGUGGGAGUGAUUUCUUCUUUUGACCCUGAGAUUAAAAAGCACAAGGUCAAAUACACUGAUGGUGAAGAAGAAAUCUUGAAUCUCAACCAUGAACGCUGGGAAUUGCUUGAAGAGGUUUCAGUCAAAGAAGAGCCUGUAACUGACUUUCCUCCCGACCUUUCUGUUGUGUCUGGGAAGAAAGCACAGGAAAGUGGCAGCACGCCUGGGAAAAAUAUCAAGUCUGAGAAAGCUCGAACCGUCAGUAACAGCAGACUGUCGAGUCACAACAGUAAAAAUAUUGUAAUCAAAGAAGAGGCUGAAGACGAAUCUUAUGUGCCAUCCAAUGCCCUCAGUGAGGAGCCUGCAACGGGCCUUCUUCCUGAGGUUUCUGCAAUAGCUGGAAUAAAGAGAAGAAAAGGCUCCUCAAAGAAAAAAGAAUCGGAUGCCUCAUCCUCGGAAAGGUCUGGGAAGAAAGCGCAUGGAAGUGGCAGCAAGCCUAGGUAAAGUGUUGUGCCAUCUGAAGCCUUAAGGGAGCUUAAAACUCUGCCCCUUAUGCUUCAGAAUGAAUAACCUAACAGUACAAUGCAGCUGUAAAAGACCAAAUGGACUAUUUCUUUGAACUCUUAGACUUGUUAUAUAUGUUGCUUUUAAUCUCUAGUAUUUGUGCUUUGUGCUACCUUGAGUUAGCAUUGUAAUGCAUGAUAGUUAACCUUAACUGGAGUUAUAGUCAAAAUGUGCCUUCUUUUCUUGAAUUGCAAUAGGUAAAAGAUAUGUAUGGAGUCUCAAAGUAAAUAUUCAUUAGAGAUUUAGAGUGGUAUGCAGUAAA